CUGGCUACGAAACUCGCACGUCUGAACAAGAAAGAGCGCCUGGUCUUUCCGCGUGCCCUCGAGAGAUAUGCGAUGGAGGCUCUGGUCAAGACAUUCGAAGAGGACGUGGCCAAAUAUGAUUAAGGCUUGCAGCAGCAAAAUGUUAAUGUAAUUAAUGCCAGACAACUCGAGCGCUCCGUAGCACUCGAUUCUGAACACUUCCACGGGAGUGGAGGAUUUAAUUUCCAGACUCGAUAGCUCCACUGGAAAUAGAAUCCUCCACUCCCUACACGCACUCUCUCCAUUCCGGUGUGUUUCCGCUUCCCCGGCUCCUUCCCGCCAGACAACCGUCUGGCGGAGUUGAUCGGAGGGACAGGAGUCGGGGCGAGGGCGGCGUGCUGACAUUAAAAGGACACAGCUCGAAAUCGUUGGUCCGCAAAUUUCCUGCUCUUCUGUUAAGUUUGGCCUUCUUUGAGCGAAAGUUGAAGCUUUCGAAUUUGAAACUUUUGAGAGUCAUUCUCUUUUCAUAAGAUUAUAGAUUUUGGAUUUGAAAUUUUUUGAAGUUUAUUCUUCUUCGAUGAAAUCAAAAGCUUUGGACUCGAAAUUCAAAAUUUUGAAACUUUGAAAUUCCAGAUGGGCGCGAUUAGAAGCAAAACGCGCGCCGCCGGUGACCUCGGGUGGCAUGAUGAUCUUUGGCGGCGUAUCUUCCAUGAGAUUCUUGAAAGUUCGUUCUUCAUUGAUAAAAUCAAAAAUUUUGAAUUUUCUCGCGUAAGAUUAUAUUUAAAUCUUGUAGUUGCUUAAAUAUUUACCAUGCCAUGGCUCCUGAGUUCUUGAGAUCCCGAGGUCAUAGGUUCCUAAGGUCCUAAGUUCGUGGGUUCGUUGGUUCCUGGGUUCCCGGGUUCGUGUUUUUGUAAUUGACCUAACAUUAUCAUGACCCAUGCUCAUCUUGUACUUGUUGUAGAUUCAUACUUAAGUAAAUCCUUGUACCAUAUCAACUUCAACAUUUUUCGGUCCUGCUAUAAUUAGCUUGCGCUUGACUUUUUCAUCAAGCGGGAAAACAAAGGAAAGCCAUAAUACAUACAUCAUUGAUAGUGAAGAUCACAUGCAUGUGAAAUGGAAGAUAGGCCAAGUAGCUGAAACUUCUAAAAAGGUGCUGCUAGGGAUGCAGAGCCUAGGGAAGGUGUGUCUAAUUCAGG